UAUAUAUCUACUCAAAACUGGCAACAUCCUUUGAGUUGCAGAGUUAACACACACGGGGAGUGAAGGAGAAGCCAUGGAUUCUAUUAUGGAAGGUUUGCAACCUUUGCAAAUGACACUCUUAUUCAUUAUUCCUUUAAUCCUCUUGUUGGGUCUAGUUUCCCGGCUUCGCCGGAGGCGACCAUACCCGCCUGGGCCCAAGGGUUUACCGUUGAUCGGGAGUAUGAAUAUGAUGGACCAGUUAACUCACCGGGGACUGGCGAAAAUCGCCAAGCAAUAUGGUGGUAUUUUUCACCUUCGGAUGGGUUAUUUGCAUAUGGUGGGGGUUUCAUCACCUGACAUAGCUCGCCAGGUUCUGCAAGUUCAGGACAACAUCUUCUCCAACCGUCCGGCCACCAUAGCUAUUAGCUACCUCACCUACGACAGAGCCGACAUGGCCUUCGCUCACUACGGCCCAUUCUGGCGUCAGAUGAGGAAGCUUUGUGUUAUGAAGCUCUUCAGCCGCAAACGGGCGGAGUCAUGGGAAUCCGUACGAGAAGAGGUUGAGUCGACGGUCCGGACGGUGGCGAGCAGCAUCGGGUCCCCUGUUAACAUCGGAGAGUUGGUGUUCACACUCACUAAGAAUAUCAUAUACCGGGCUGCGUUCGGGACGAGCUCAAAGGAAGGCCAGGACGAGUUCAUAUCUAUUUUACAGGAGUUCUCUAAACUGUUUGGUGCUUUCAAUAUCGCUGAUUUCAUCCCUUGGCUCAGCUGGGUCGAUCCACAAGGACUCAACGCCAGACUCGCUAAGGCACGUAAAUCGCUAGAUGGUUUCAUCGACGACAUCAUCGACGAUCACAUGCAAAAGAAGAAGUUGAAUAACGACUCAGAUGAAGUCGACACGGACAUGGUGGAUGACUUACUGGCUUUUUACAGUGAAGAGGCUAAAGUCAACGAGUCCGAAGAUUUACAGAACGCCAUCGAACUCACCAGAGAUAACAUUAAAGCUAUCAUCAUGGACGUUAUGUUCGGUGGUACAGAGACUGUGGCGUCUGCAAUAGAGUGGGCCAUGGCAGAGAUGAUGAAAAGCCCAGAAGAUCUCAAGAAAGUUCAACAGGAACUCGCCGACGUCGUGGGUCUGAACCGAAGAGUAGAAGAGAGCGACCUCGAGAAGCUGACAUACCUCAAGUGUGCAUUGAAGGAGACUCUCCGUCUCCACCCACCUAUUCCACUGCUCCUCCAUGAGACCGCCGAGGACGCCGAAGUUGCCGGAUACCACAUUCCGGCGAGAUCAAGGGUGAUGAUCAACGCCUGGGCUAUAGGCAGAGACAAGAACUCGUGGGACGAACCAGAGACGUUCAAGCCUUCAAGGUUUCUCAAAGCGGGCGUACCCGAUUUCAAAGGAAGCAAUUUCGAGUUUAUUCCAUUUGGAUCGGGUCGCCGUUCGUGCCCGGGAAUGCAACUCGGACUCUACGCUCUUGAGUUGGCCGUGGUGCACCUUCUCCACUGCUUCACGUGGGAGUUGCCUGACGGCAUGAAACCCAGUGAACUCGACAUGGGCGACGUGUUCGGACUCACUGCGCCAAGAGCGACUCGACUCGUUGCGGUACCGAGUCCUCGCUUAGAGUGUCCUCUUUCUUGAUCAAGAUCAUGGAGGGACUGUUUGGGGGUGAUCCAUAAAUACUAGGGCAAUGAUACAGUGAAGGGUGAAAAUAUGCAUGGAUUUUGCUUCAUGAAUUGGGAGAAGAAGCCCCAAAAAAUAAUUGAAGGGAGAUGGGCAAAUAUGAGAAUUUGAUUUCUCUUUCUUUAUUGUUGAUGUUGAACAGGAGAUUUGUAUUGUUAAUCAUCAAAUAAAAAUUAUAUUAAAAAGAAUUUCACUUGGAUUAAGGAACAAAAAUUGUUGCAUAUA